AAAUCUAACCAAAAACAUUAAUCAACCCAUCUUUAUUCUUCUCUUUCUUUCUCUUUUAAACCAUAAUUCCAUAAUCCUCUUCAUCCUCCAUGUCCUGGUUGUGCUACGAGGAAAAUUUUAUAAUCCUAAAUCUACUCCCAAAAACUCUCUCUGUAUUCGUCCAUCAGCCAUACUUUUAAAGGACUCCCUGUUAGAUGGCUUCCAACGUUCUUUUUUCUCUCUAUUUCCCACCACCGGUAUAUGAGCCACCGCCUCACCAUGAGUCUCCCACUUUAUCUCUGUAGAAAUUGGUUCUCUAAAAACCCUUAAAAAAGCAACUGAAUUUUCUUGAAUAAGAUUGGUGAUUCAUGGCCCUUCCACUACUUGCUGCAUAGUUCUUUUCCAUCGCUACUCUUACCCGUUAUCAGUAAGUCACAAAAUCAAAUCUAAUUUCUUGGUCCCCAUUUCUUAGAUAAGUUAUUACUCGACCUCACCCUCCAACCUGAAUCUUCACCUUAUCGCACCAUCGUCUCCUAACACAGCUUUGCCUUACCAGUGACCUUACUAAGGUUAUAGAGGAUGUUUGAUUCCAAAAUUGUGGUAUUGCAGAUGUUUACUGAUCUGAUAUUUCUUUUUCCAUCGCUUUUCUUACCCGUCAUCAAUAAGUCACUGAAUCCAAUCUAAUUUCUUGGUCUCCGUUUUUUAGAUAAGUUAGUAAUCGACCUCAACCUCAAACCCGAUGACCGCUUUCUUAUCAGAGCAACAUCGUUUUUUUUUUCUAAAUACCCGUUUCACAUUCGUACCGGUGAAGUUUCUUUCAUUUUCAUAUUUAAAUAUCAUAUAUAUGAAGGGCAUGAAGAUUAAAGGAAGUGUUCUGAUGGAAAGAGUAUGUUUUCAUCUUUUUUUUUUAGUAAAAGGCGAAAAAAUAGUUCCCUUUGUGCUCACUGGCUACAUGAAUCAGAAUUUUUUGUGCACACUACCUGUUUGAUAAAAUGAUUGAACCAAAUUUUAUGAUCAGCAAAUUAUGUAACUGAGGCUUUUAGAUUGAUUUGUGUUCUUGAUUGUACAGAGUUUUUUUUUUUGAGUAAGUUUUAUGUUUGAAACUUUAAUCUUUUUGGGGUUUUGAAAUAUAAUCAUCAUAUGUAUUGUAACUUUUCGAUUGCAUACAUCGGUCCGUGAUGAUAGAAGUUGCAUAAGGAAGACAUAUGAUGUACGUUGAGGCAGGGCAGUUGAAGACCUGAAGGUAAAGAAGUUAUAAGAGGGAUAUAUGAUCUACUUUCUUGUACAUCUCAACUACUCCAUUGAUCAUGACUUUAGUACAAACCAAUAAAUAUCUAGAAUCCAUAGAUGCUUCACGCUUGUUUCGAUUUUCGGCUAAUUGUAAUCCAAAAUAUUUCUCUUUUUUUUUGGCAGUGUGACCUACUUUUCUGUUGAAAACUUUUUUUUUGCAUCGUAAUCCCUUGGAAAAUUAUCACAUGUUUCAUUCCUAUUGAUCGACAUCUGUUGAAGAAUUACAAUCAGGCAUAAACUCUUAAAUAUGAGAUUAUUGAUUGAAUGUUAUAUAAACUAAUAUUUGCAUGAUAUUUUUGCAUUUCGAAUCUGUAGUUGCUACCAAAUGUCUGAUUCAUUUUAUUUGUGGGGUUAUAAUAGCUAAUUAAUCGGUUGAUUUGAAGCUCUUUCACUUUGCCUGCUACCAGAUGCUAUCUACCAAGGCCAUUCAUGGUUCUUUCUAUUAUCACGUAGCUAUUCGAUUUGGUUUAGAAAUAACGAGGAUAUAUCCAGCCAUGAAGGUUGCUUAGUUCGCCAAAAGCCAUAUUAAGAUUUCUUAAGCAUGAAGUUACUGGAUCUUGGAUUUAGGUUCAUCAAGAGACUUGAUGUGAACCUCCAUGUUCUUCCUAUCAAUUCAAUAAAGUCUAGCCUAUUGGAGUCAUUUGUUCCAUUUGGAGGGUUCUUCUCCAUGGCAUAUGAUAUCAAGACUCCAUUAAGGUCAAUUUUAAACCAUUAUCGAGCAACCUUACCUUCUUGGCUACAAACUUCUCAACUUUCCAUAAACCCUGAAACAAAUAUCAUGCAAACCCAAUACAAUCCUGUUACAAUGUUACCUAAAGGAAGGAACAUACUUAUUUUCUCAGAAAGAAUUUUAAGGUUGUCAUGUUUAAGCUGCGAUUUCAGAAAUAUAGGGCUUAAGGGGGAUUUUAUACAAAUCCUUUGAGUUUUUUAAGUUGUUGAAGAAUAUUAAGGUAAGGAUCCUUCUUCCUUUAUUCAAGUUUGGAUUUUUCUCAGUGUUCAGAUGCGUACACUAAUACUGAUUUUAACUUUUGAAAUCUUAUUUUUCAUUUUUGGUAAUUUUCCAGUUUGAAAUCUCAUGUUAAUUACAUAAUCUCAUGUUAAUUACAUUUUCAGCGUUGUGUACUUUUCAAGUUUGAAACAUGAUGUUAUCAAAAUGAUACAUA